ACCGAAUCAUCUCAACCUUCGUCGCCAUUGAUCACAAACAUACUCAAGCUAUUACACAUAGCUAGACGUAUACUCAGGAUGUUUGGAGCUUUUAGACCUUCGCCGAUAUCCAUGGGCGGUCUGUUGUGGAAAAACCCAUGGCGAAUGUCAAGCUCACGAAAGUUUAGGGUACGAGAACGUCUUCGUAAUGUCGAUGAAGUUAUUUCUACAAUUCGUUCAAGUGGCGUUCAAUGUCAUUCUUUGGACAGAUUAUCACUCUUACCAACUGAAGCAGAGAUGGAAGCAAGGGACAAAUAUACCACGUUUAGUAGAAAAGGAAAAGAUUUCCGCAAGAGUGUUCAUAAAGUUCCAAAGUUUACCCGGCUAACCAUGCGAACCAAUCCAAGAGGUUUUUGAAUACCUUCGUUUGUACUUUUAUUUGUCUCUCUUUGUAUUAUUCUUACCUAAUCACCGAUGGCAGGCUUAUCUUUUUUGAUUAAAUAUUGCGCACGCU